GGUGCCAACGAGGAGCUUCGCCGAGAGUUACGCGAAACUCGGCUAGACGCUGCCAGUCUUGAGGCUCAACUGGACGCCGCUAGGCAACGUGUAGACAAUUUGCAUUCUCAACUGGUAGCUAUUCAGAAAUUGGGAGGUCCUGCAGGCGACAGCACCGACAACACCGGCUUUGGCCAGCCGCUUGGUGGCUUGGCUCGUCUGCCCGAUGGACUGACGCCAAGCACCGUAGAGACGCUAGCCGGACUCGAGGAGCACUUGGUACAGGUGUUGGCCGAGUUCGGUCAACAGAAAGACCUCGUCGGACGCCUUCAGGGUCAACUCUCUCGGCUGCAGCAGCAGUUCGCCCUCUGUCGACAUCGGCAGGGCCUACUCUACCGCGACUUUGCAACGGAGACCAAGAAAGAAAGGCCUCAUCGUGAAAACACAAAGAAACAGAAGAUUAUGGAAGCCAUUGACAUCGUUGCGGAAACAAAUUUAAUGGACAGGAGAAUGGAAGAAGGCAGAGGUAGUGAGAACUUUGUCUAUUGCCUAAGCAAACUCGAAGACAACGAGGACACGACAAGACAAGCAAUAAAGAGGCACUUGGAGCAAGGACCAGAGAAAAGGGGAUCGCAUGGAAGAAGCAGGUAUGAGCCGUUGAGUCUUCUUGAAUCAUUGGAGUACUUCGGAAAUAGUGUCAAAAAGGUUGUACUAGUAAAGCCAAUCGGAGGCUGGUCAAGACGAAUCCGCAGGCGUCAUCUGGCUUGGGAGGAAGAUAAGAAACUCAAUAAGGAAAGAAUAGCGCAAGUGGAAAUGCGAGCCGCUGAAGCAGAAAUAUAUCGGGAAGAAUUCAACAGGCUCCUGGCCGAACUCGAUGCCUCCAAAGUAAAAUCUGACUCCGAUGCUGAAGAGGACGUGAUAGACAAAAUGAAGCAUUUUUUGGGGGAGAAAUCACGUCAGUUGGUGCUUCUUCGUGUAAAUGAGGCCGCCCUGGUGCGUAGAUACACUGCGGCACAGGAACGAGAGUCAGCUCUCACAAAGGUGGGUUAUCAAGUGGGAAUGCUGCUAGUGAACAUGAUGGUUUUUAUUUUUGUUGCAUUAAAGAGAGUGAAGAAACUGGAGUGGUACACGUUGCCUAACGAUCCAAUAUCGAAUCCCGUCAAGUUUAUUGAUGAGACCUAUACGAGGUGGAAACUGAGGCUUUUAUGA